AUGUUCCCUCGUUUCUUUGAGAGAUUCAUUUAUUGGUGUACAUCAGCAGAAAAUGUUGUCAAAGGAAAAAUAACACACGAUAAAACACUACCGAGUCUUGAAGUAUUGUUUGUUGUACGAAUUUUAUUGGGAUAUCGGAUUUAUGAAUACUCAAUAGAUGCAUAUGCUUAUUUACAACCGAUCUUGAAAGGAUUACGUAAUAAUAAAUCACUAAGUGAAAUAACAACAAAAGCAUCAUUGAACAAUAAAAGCGAACAAUCAUUAGAAAGGAGAAGUGCCGAUCAUAUUGAAAGAAUUGCAUUUGCCAUACAGACAACAUUGGAUAUAUUUAAAGUUAUAGAUGAUAUUAAGCCUGAUAUUGAUAAUGAUAUUAAAAUUGAAUUUGGUGAAAUAACAAAAGCAACAAGGUUAAAAAUAAAAGAAACUAUUAAAAAGAGUUAUUAUACCAAUGAUAGCUCUGGUUCCGUUAAUGAUUCAAUAGCUGAUUAUCCAUCUGAUGUUGAUUUGUUGGAAUUAGAUAAAGUGCAAAUAAAAUCGAUAAAGGAAGCUCCAAAACAAACCAUGAAAAUAUCGUUGGAUGCAGUUAAAAUAGCUGUAAAAAUGUAUGAUGAGUUAUUCUAUCCUCAAGGGUUACAAUUGUUUAAAUGUGAACUGAGUGCAAUUGAACAAGCUCAAAAAACAAAAGAUAAUGAGAAAAAAAUACUCGAAUUACCUUUUAAUAUACUUUAUACUAAUCAAUUAGUGGCUGGUGGUUGUAUUUUUCAUAACGCAAAAAGAAGAAAUAUUAAUGCUCAGCAGUUACUAAAGAAUCUUGUUGAAAAAAACAUUUUAUCGUCUGGAAAGUUUUUAAAGACAUCAGCAAAACACGUUCGUAGUUGGAUUAGAAAUUUUAACUUUACUAAUAAAAAUGAAUUUGAUAGAUUUAAACAUACAUUGUUUAAUGACUAUGGUUGGACAUUGGAAAGCUAUUUAAGAAGAGUUAAACAAAAUGCUGAUUAUCCAACAAAUUUAGAAUUAGUAAAUCCGCGUGGUGUAGAAAAAUUAAAACAACAAAAACAAUCAAUUAAAUUGGUAGAUGAGCAAAUAAUGAGAAUUAUGGGGCAGCAUUCACAAAAAGAUGAGGAUGCUCAAGAAAUGGAUAUUGACCAAUCCGGUGAUGCUGAGAAUAAUGGAAACGGUUGUUUUACUAUAAUUAAACCCAGAUUAACAGAUCCCAUGAAUGAAAAGAGUAAUAGUAAACGGCUGACAGCUCAACGACUAGGUAUCUACAAAGACGCAAGAUACUAUUUGUUCUAAGAGCUCGAAGCACGAGCAAUGUUUUUACUUAAUGAACAAAGAUAUCUUGCAGUUCAUGCGAUAUGCUCAAAAAGAAAAGUCAUAGUAACCUUGUAUCAGAGACACAAGGGCGUAACGCCCCCCUACUUCUGGAAUUUGCUUAUAUUACGCCCCUCACGCUCCCCUGCUUUUGAAAAAUAAAAACUAAACUUCUGUCUGUGUGCAGUAGGUCAUUCCAAUUUACGCCCCCCUGCUCUAACGAGGAAAGGACACCAAGUGAUAAAUCGCUUCUAGCUUAAAACUUAACGAACAAUAGGUAAUCGAGUGUGCUGAUUCCGAAUACUAACAUGAGACGGGCCGCUAGGCCUCCAA